AUGGGCUAUGUUGAAAAAGGCAAAAUUUUUUUUCAGAAAUGUACCCUGUGCCACACUAUGGAAAAGGGAGGCAAGCACAAGACUGGACCAAAUCUGCAUGGUCUGUUUGGGUGGAAGACAGGUCAGGCCAUUGGAUUCUCCUACACGGAUGCCAACAAGAACAAAGGCAUCAUGUGGGGAGAGGACACUCUGAUGGAGUAUUUGGAGAAUCCCAAGAAAUACAGCCCUGGGACCAAAGCGAUCUUCGCUGGCAUUAAGAAGAAGAAUGAAAGGGCAGACUUGAUAGCUUAUUCCAAAAACUACUAAUGAGUAAUAGUUGGCCACUGCCUUAUUUAUUACAAAACAGCAAUGUCCUGUGACUUUUUUUUAUGUGCACCAUAAUUUAAUUCUCAUACACCAGAAUUCAGAUCAUGAAUGGCUGACAGAAUAUUUUUGUCCAACAGUCUAAUAUUGCCUUGUGUGGU